AUCCCUGCGGUGACGCCGGGAAAGAAGCAACGUGAGGAGGACCGGAACAGGCUUUGCACCACUUCCGGAUUAUGGGUCUCCGCCCUUUCGUUCCCGGAAGUGGAAGGAGCGGCGUUGCCAUGGCGGCGUCUCUCGGGCAGGUGCUGGCUCUGGUGCUCGUGGCCGCUCUGUGGGGUGGCACACAGCCGCUGCUGAAGCGGGCCUCCUCCCGCCUGCAGCACGUUCAUGAGCGGACCUGGGUCCGGCAGUUGCUGCAGGAGAUGAAGACUCUCUUCCUGAAUAUUGAGUACCUGGUGCCCUUUUUCCUCAACCAGUGUGGCUCCCUUCUCUACUACUUCACCUUGGCAUCAACAGAUCUAACCCUAGCUGUGCCCAUCAGUAACUCUCUGUCCAUUGUCUUCACACUGAUUGUCGGGAAGUUCCUUGGAGAAGACAUUGGUGGAAAACGAACAUUUGCAGGCAUGGUGCUCACCAUAGCAGGAAUUACACUCUGCAUCACAAGCUCAGUGAACAAGACCCAGGGACAACUGUCUACCCUUUGAGUGAGCCAACGCCACCCUCCAGCUCUGCUCUCUCCAGGAAGCCCCUUGGGCCAUGAGGUGCAGGUAGUGAGCAGGUGGACCUAGCACUUCCCCACUCAGCUUCCUCCUCAUCUAUGGGGAUAGUCACUACCUCGUGGAUCACAAUAAGAGAAUAAGAGUGAAAGCGUUUUGUAACUUUCAAGAGCUGUUCAACAGCUAGGAUUUAGCACAGGAGACUUCACACUCAACCUCAGCAACCUUUCGGCCCCAGCAGCUCUCUUCCUGCUGUCACAUUAGGCCCCCUGCCCAGACACUAUCACUAUGGCCUGAUCUGGACUAUCACAGCAGCAGGGUGGAUGGACUACAGAACCUCAGUUGCACAGAGAGGGCCAGCUCAUCUUCAAGCCAGAAAUGCAAACAGGAGGCCUCCAGGAUUGUCAGAAAGCCUUGGCUGGCAGUGGGGGGGAACCGAGGGGAGGAAGGUGCCUCAGAAUGGCAGAUGUAGGGGAGAUGAGCUGUUAGCCUUGCAUGUCCUACCCAUGAGGUGGGUGGAAAUCCUCAACUGUACCGCCCGUCUGAAACAGACACUUGUGAGCCCCAGCACUGCCUAACUCCAGCAUUUGGUGCAAUGCCUGGUGAGUAGUAGCCUGUAAUAAAUCUAUAGUAAACAGA